AUGUUGGAGCUACCUUGUGGCGAUGGGACUGCCCAGGUUGUAAAGUCUCCCCCUUGGUCUAGGGGAUCCCUAGGCAAGGCCGACCAGAUACCUCAUCCUGCCCCUCUCUCUCUGCACCCUGGGUGCACUGUGCCCAGUAGAGGCCACUGGGGUAAGUGAGGGAGGUGGCAAUUUUGCUGCUAUGGCUAUGCCAAUGGAUUUGCACUGAAAGUGGAGCCCUCCCAGUUUGGAGGAGAUGACACGUCUCUGAGCAGCAUAUGCCUGCGUUGUCAAGAUGAAUCAGUCAUUAAGUUCUUGGUGGGGGAAUAAGUCACACUGUGGGGUACCUGGACCAGCUUCCAAGCUGGCCCUGGAGGCUAUUUGAGCUUCUUCUCACUGAAAACAGAGAAGUCCCAAGGAGGAUUCGAUGACACAGCAGUCAACAACAUCCAGUUCAGAUGCUUAGAUACAACUGUGCUCAUAAAUGAUGGAAUACUGUGGGGUAGAUUUCACAAUUAGAGCAAAAUCUGCAGCGUUUGCCAUCUACAGACCAAGGCAGAGCUGCAACAAGGACUUUGGGAUGACACAGCACUCAACAAUGUCACGUUCUUCUGCUGUAAAUAA